AUGGCGAUGGCCGCGCGGCCACAGACGCCCUCACAGGAUGCAUACAUGAUCCCGCACCCCAACGAUCCGGGGGUUUUGAGCCGCGGGUACGGCCCGCACUCUACCCUGUCGCGACCGAAUUCCUUUGCCGGCACCUCAGCAUACCACUACGGCUCCGGCGCCCUCGAAUCGUCGCAGGUUCCCCAUAACCCCCGUUUCAAGGAGGACUUCGAUACCGCCAGUCACCGCAGCUCGGUGUUUGACAGCCCUGCUGGAAUGCAGCGGUCUGCCUCCACCAUGUCGCACGUGCGCUCCACGACCCCGUCCCGUUCGAGUACUUUGCGGAAGAAGGCCUCGCUGAGCAAGAAGGGGAGCCUGCGGCGCAAUGGGAGCCGGAGAAGCAUGCGCGCGGGAAGUGUGAGGAGUUUGAGCUUAGGUGACCGCGAAAAGUAUGGCACCGAUGGCUCGGACGAUGUCAAUAGUGCUUUCGUCUCUCCCAUUCCUACCAACGGUAACCCGACCGAGGUGCUGGCGAAUCGGUUUGGAGCUUGGCGCAAGCUUCUGAAAGACUUGAUUCUCUUUUUUAAGGAGGUGCAGAAAUCAUACGAAACUAGAGCGAAGCUGUUCAUGUCCGCCUCUAGUGUCGUGAAUAACCAGACCCUUCCGCCGGGUUUGCUUCAGUCGGGUGGUCUGGCCGAUGCAACGGAGAUCCUUCAAAACUUCCACCGACAGGGUUAUACUGAGGCCAAUAAAGCUGUCGAGGUGGAGGUCGAGGUUAUCAGCCAAUUGACUGGUCUCCGCAGCGAUCUUCAGAAGAAGACCAAGGAGAUUAAGAGUCUUGCGGGUGAUUUUAAGAAUACCGUCGACAAGGAGAUUGACGGCACGCGCAGAUCCGUACGCAACUUGCACGAGGCUCUUGGGCUCGUCGAUACCGAUGCAUCUGCUACAUCAGGCAAAGGUGAUCCAUUCAUCCUGCGCCUGAACGUGGAGAAACAGGUUGAGAAGCAGAUCGAGGAGGAGAACUACUUGCAUCGGGCAUUCUUGAACCUGGAGAACUCUGGUCGUGAACUGGAGGGAAUUGUCGUGAGCGAGAUCCAGAAAGCAUACAAUGCCUACGCUAGUAUCCUCCGACGCGAAGCCACUGAAGCUCUGGACACUGUUGAGAAGCUCCAGGCGGGUCCGAUCUCCAUGCCUCAGGACUACGAGUGGAAUCAGUUUGUCGCCAACACAGAAGAGCUUGUCGAUCCUCGGAUUGCCCUCCGGGAUGUGGAGAGCAUCACCUACCCUGGCAAGGGUCACCCGGCAGCUGCCGAAGUCAGGGCUGGGAUGUUGGAACGCAAGAGCAAGUAUCUCAAGAGUUAUACUCCUGGCUGGUAUGUUUUGUCGCCGACGCAUCUCCACGAGUUCAAGUCGGCGGAUCGUGUGGCAUGGCAGACACCCGUCAUGUCGCUUUACCUGCCAGAGCAGAAACUCGGGUCCCACUCACAGGAAGAUUCAAGCUCCCACAAGUUCAUGCUGAAGGGCCGGCAAACUGGCGCAAUGCACCGAGGCCACUCGUGGGUCUUCCGUGCCGAAUCUCAUGAGACCAUGAUGUCCUGGUAUGAAGAUAUCGAGGGCUUGAGCAACAUGACAGGAGAGGCACGAAACGCCUUCGUCCGGCAGCACGUCCGCAGCGUGAGUGGCAGGUCGAUGCAAAACGAGGUGAUGGAGGAUGAUGAAGCCGAUCGCACUCCAUACUCCGCAGGCUCUGCGGUCAUGACUCAAGACCGACCCACAUCCUCUCGCCAAGCUGGAGGUGCGUUUCCCAGCGACGUCCAACUUGACCGGAACCUCCAAGCGCCCUUGUCACCUUCUAGCGGGGACAGCUCCGCCGGCAGAGAUAUGCUAGGAGCUGCUGGAUCGUACCCUGAUGGGUCUAGUGCAUUUGGUGACAGCCUCCGACCAGUAGGUAGCCGUGAAGGAAACAGUUCCUACCAAAGCCACCGGUCCAACGAGGGGAUCAAUGAACGGUCUCGGCCCAAGGUUACCCAACACGAUAGCUACUACGGCGACUGGAUUGGACCGUCCGUGAUAGUAGCUAAGCAGAGGCAGAGCCAGCAACUGGAAAACCCGACCCCGGAUGACCGCGAGAUCCGGUCUGAUGGAGACCAAGCUUCCCUUGCUGCCAUCUCAGGUGUCGGUAUUGCUGAUCGUCGCGAUCACUCGGCUCCUGCCCAGAUUUAUCGUCGGGAGAGCGUCUCUACAGCGCCUACUAACACCAACGCGACUGAGUUUACAAACCAUACCAAUCCUACCUCGGUAGAUGAUCAGGAGCUCGAGCUCCCUAAAAUCCAGACUCUUGGCCUUGAGAAUGGUUCUAUCAACCAAGGCCCUGAAUUAGACAGUGCAGCCAAGAUUCCACCCGCUUUGCUGCGUUCGAAUACAGACAACAGUGUCGCCCUGGACAUGAAGAUGCCAGGCCGUUAUCCUCGCACCAAUGUGGCUGCAUAG